CCCAGAGACCUGUUGAUCGCAGGUGUCACUGCCCAGACCAGCCCCUGGGUCUUGGGCGUGCGCGCAUGCUCUGCGCGGGUCGGGCGGCUGCGAGCGGCGGUGUGGCAGUCCGUCUGGGUGCGUGUCGGUGCGGCUGUCACGACGUUGGUGGGUGCCGGCGCGAGGCGGAGCCGGGCCGGCGGCACUGGAAGGCUGCGGUGCCGGGAGGCAGAGCUUCAGGAUUUGCUUUGAGGUCAUGCUGAUGAAGUAUGGAGUCACCUUUGAUAACUUCAAAGAAAAGCUGCUUCACUAAAGGAACAUAAAACAGCUGAACAGAGGGGACCUCGGGAUGCCAACGCCACACUUUUUAUCUUCGUCAUCUAUUUUUGGCCCUUCAGAACUAAUGAAUUACACAUUAAAGAAGAUGAGCUGUUCAGCAUAUUGUGUUUAGCGGUUAGACUUUUUAUCAGUGUUGUACAACUCAUAAAAUUUAAGGGUUACCAAACCUGUAAGGCCUUGUUUAAAAUAGCUUGCUUUUUAGCAUUCAGAACUUCAGCGUUUACUUUGUUUUUACUUAUGAAAGUCCUCAGAAAUGUAGCACAUCAGGAAAGAGAUGGACUUGGAAGCACACAAUUUUUACCGUGGAUUGCAGUAGAACUCGGUGGACAACUUGGGACAUAACUCAUUUUUUUCUCCAAAAUACCACAUAAGCAUCUUACUUAACUUUCAUGCAAAAGAAGUUGCUUGAAAAUGGCCUGGGUAAAAUUUUUACGGAAACCCGGUGGUAAUCUUGGAAAGGCCUAUCAGGCUGGAAGUUUGCUAUCCCUAGCCCCAACUGUAGGCUUGUUAAAUGAACCAGGACAGAACAGCUGCUUUCUAAAUAGUGCUGUACAGGUUUUAUGGCAAUUAGAUAUAUUCCGAAGAAGUCUGAGAGUUCUGACUGGACAUGUUUGUCAGGGAGAUGCCUGUAUAUUUUGCGCUUUGAAGACAAUAUUUGCACAAUUUCAACACAGUCGAGAAAAAGCGCUUCCCUCAGAUAACAUAAGGCAUGCUCUUGCAGAAAGCUUCAAAGAUGAGCAGAGAUUUCAGCUUGGCCGCAUGGAUGACGCAGCUGAGUGCUUUGAAAACAUAUUGGCAAGGAUUCAUUUUCACCUGGUACCAAGCAAGGAUGCAGACAUGUGCACCUCUAAAUCUUGUGUCACUCAUCAGAAGUUUGCCAUGACUCUGUAUGAACAGUGCGUGUGCCGCAGCUGUGGAGCAUCUUCAGACCCUCUUCCCUUUACCGAGUUCGUGCGGUACAUCUCCACAACAGCCCUGUGCAAUGAAGUUGAAAGAAUGAUGGAGAGACAUGAACGGUUUAAGCCGGAGAUGUUUGCGGAAUUGCUGCAGGCAGCAAACACAGCAGAUGACUAUCGCAAGUGUCCUAGUAACUGUGGCCAGAAAAUAAAAAUCCGUCGUGUUUUGAUGAAUUGCCCAGAGAUUGUUACAAUUGGAUUGGUCUGGGAUUCCGAGCACUCUGACCUGACUGAAGAUGUUGUUCGGACUCUAGCCACACAUCUCUACCUUCCUGGGCUUUUUUACAGGGUGACUGAUGAAAGUGCCACAGAUAGCGAACUGCACCUUGUUGGUGUGAUCUGUUACACCAGCCGACACUAUUGUGCCUUUGCCUUCCACACCAAGAGCUCCAAGUGGGUGUUCUUUGACGAUGCACACGUCAAGGAGGUUGGAACCAGGUGGAAAGAUGUGGUCUCCAAAUGCAUACGAUGCCACUUACAGCCGCUUUUGCUGUUUUAUGCGAACCCAGACGGCACAGCAGUCUCUACUGAGGAUGCACUCAGGCAGGUUGUCCACUGGUCACAUUACAAAUCAGUUGCAGAAAAUAUGGGAUGUGAAAAGCCUAUCAUUUACAAACCAGAAAGUUCAAAGGAAAGUGGACUUGGUGGUCAGGCAAAACAGAGAGAGAAUCACAAAUUUCAAACUGAUAAUAUUUCAUCAUUUAACCGGAGCCAAAUGCAGACAAGUGGAAGGAGAGGACCAGUUAAGUCAAGCCAUGAUCAAAGAGAAAGGAUGAAAGAUAUUUCCAGAGAAUGUGCUCUGAAAGCUAUUGAACAGAAAAAUGCACUUUCUUCUCAGCGGAGAGAUUUAGAAAAAGGACAAAGGAAAGAUCCAGGCCGACAAAGGGAUUUGGUUGAUGAAGAUCUUUCACCUUUCAAGUCUGGAUCACCUCCUGCCCCAGAUGGCUUUAGACAACAAGGGAACCCUCAUCUCUACCACAGCCAAGGCAAAGGACCCUACCAACAUGACCGAGCUGCCCAGGAGAGCCACACUUCUGGAAAAAUGUUAAGUUCAAGCAAAUCCCAGAAUCUUCUUGUUUCUGGAGAGAAAACAACAGGCAAAGCGAAGAGUGACAGUGGCACUGGCUAUGACACAGACAGCAGCCAAGAUUCAAGGGACAAAGGAGGCAGCUGCAGUAGUAGGGCUAAAAGCCGCCACCGUGCUUGGAAACCGAUGAGAGAAACAUUAAAUGUUGAUAGUGUUUUUAGUGAAAGUGAAAAAAAGCAACAUAGUCCAAGGCGUAAGUCAGAUAUCAGUAACAGACCUAAAUGUAGCAAGGAUCAGAGUUUUAAUAAUUGGACAAAAGCAAACCCAAAGCAAAAAGGGUUAAUGACCAUAUAUGAAGAUGAAAUGAAGCAGGAGGCAGGAAACAGAAGUUCCCUCGAAACUAAUGGAAAAGGAGCAGAGAAAAGUACUGGCGCCACAGAGAGCAGGACUGGUAACAGCUGGCAGAUGCAAAGGACAGAGUCUGGGUAUGAAAGCAGCGACCAUGUCAGUAACGGAUCUGCUAAUUUGGACUCGCCUGUUGUUGAUGGAAGUGGAGCAGCGGCGGAUAUCAGUGGAGGGAAAGCCUUCAGUGAGCAGGUUAAGAUGAGCGAUCGCAAUGUAGACAGUGCGGAGUGCAUGUCUCACCAGAGCAGAGACCUCCUAGAAGGCGUUCGAAAAGCAGCCCAGGCCUUGGAAGCAGGUGACAGACAUCUCGAGCUUCACUCAGAAUCACAUGUGCAAAUAAAAAACCAUUUGAUAAAAAGGUCACAUAUCAGUGAAACCAAUGACAAGUUAUUUCCUUCAACCAACCCACAAACGCUUAAGGACCAUAUUGCAAGAGAACAUGUCUACCAGGCAAAUGAACAGAAAGUGGAAAAAACAAAUGGGGCUAAGUUUUCUGAGUGGUGUAAUACAGAAGAUUCUGAAGGAACAGGCUUGCCAUUUCAUGUUGAUGACAGUUCUGUGGUGGGGAAGAGAGUCAACAGCAAUGAAACAGUCUUACCAUCUUCAUUGUCUUCACAUGUGAGAACUACUGGGCUAAAGCCUGAAACUGGACCCCUCAUAUUCUGGCCACAGCAAAACAUCACAGAACAGUGUUACUCUGAGAACUCUCUAUCCAGAGAACAUAAGCCUCAGUCAGCCUGCAAUACUGAUAGUAGUCAGAUGCCAAAACUUCACUGCCACCGUUCACCACCCCCUUUGCCACCAAAGAAAUACUCUACAACCAGUGUGCCACAGGUAGAGAGAGCUGGAUUUAUACCUGGUGUCAGACUUACAGAAGCAUGUAGUGCUAACUCUUCCAGUUUUCCAAAGCACAGCUCGAGUACAGCCUCCGGAACAAGUUUAGAAGGGAGUGUGCACAUGAUCCACGAAAGAGAUAAAGAAACUAUUCCGGUGAAGCAGCAUGCUGCCAACAGCUACCCCUCCAACUGUUCACCUGAUUCCCAGGCAAACUCAAAAGCAGUAGUCAGUGCAUUCUGCCAACCAGAUCAAGACUCUAGUUCUGUGUGCCCAAAUGAAACAAUUUCACUGACUACCUAUUUCUCAGUUGAUAGUUGCAUGACUGAUACAUACAGACUGAAGUACCAUCAGAGACCCAAGCUCUGUUUUCCAGAGAGCAGUGGCCAUUGUAAUAAUAACUCACUAUUUCAGACUGAGCAAGUAGAGGGAUCCAUUACAUAAUGGUCAUCUUGGUUCACCCUGCCCUUCUGAACAGAGAUACAAACCCUGGAAUGCAUUGUAAGAUAAAUGAGUCAGCCAUUAGAAAUACCAACUGACCAAAUCUAAGGAUAUAUAAAACAAAAACUUGUAUUGUGAAAAUCAGUCAGGUUAACCUGAUAAAUUUUUAUGAUCAAUUUAUCCAAUAUUUUAGAAAUUUCCUUUUAGUGGUCUUGGUAUACCUUGAAAAGUAAGGGAGUAUAUAAUUUAAUUUAUUGUAUGUAACAGUUGAGCAAACACCAUGCCUCCUGUUAUUUGGCUGUAGAUGUGUAAUUAUCAUACUAACUAGUAUUUAAUGUUGGUUGGUGCAUUUUGCUAAUUAAGAAAUGCAGUGUGUCUAGGGAAAGCAGUAUUUGCUUUUAACAGAGCACUUUCUAGUGGGUAACCAAAGAUGGCUCUACCCACAUGCUUUUGACUUCUGUGAUAGUCUAGUACAUAUGAUCAUUCAAGUGUCUUAAAACUGCCCAUGGAUUUCUUAUGUUACCAUCUGAAAAGCAUUUGCCUUAAUGAUCAAAAAAUUUUUAAUUAAAAUCUCAAGGUCAUAAAAUUUAUUUUGUUCCUAGAACUUUUCAGAAUAUCUCCUUAACAUAAAUUAGCCUUUGUAAUUUGUACUCAAAUAUCUCAGUCAUAUAAGUUAAAAGUAAAAAUAUAGUAGUAUAUUAUUUAUCUUGUUAAAUUGUUUUAUAGCUUUAUAUGAAAUGUGAAAGGUCUUCCCUUUGGUUUGAUUUACUUUAGGCUGCUAAUAACCAGUGUUACAAAUUAACAUUGGACUUUCUUAUUGGGACUGUCACUACUGCUUUGAUCACUUAAAGAUUGCUAAAGAUUGUCAGUGUUUUUACUGUUGAGGCUUCCAAAUUAAAUUUCUGCCUUUAUAUAAAGGUUUAAUGUUAAUGAAAUGUCAGUCAUUCUUUUUCUUUUUUUCUCUUAAAUAGUAACUAUCUCCACUACCAUCAAGAGUGGAGUUUAAUUAUACUAAAAGGGAUUUUAUUAUUAUGUUGAAAGUAAAUUGGCUGAAUUGCCUUAUUAUUUUAUUUUGUAACAUUUAUAAUAUCUUUAAAUGGGCAAGGUUCAUAAUCAUGACUUUAAAAAUCAGUAGCUUGACAAGGCCCAUAAAUUGUUAAAACCCCAAAGUGUAUUUAAGAAAAGUACUUUGAGAUAAACUGAAAAUUGAUUAUAAAAGUCUGAAUUCACACUGUCAUCAGUUCUUGGCCAAAUAUUGUUUUUAUUGUUCUUUUCUAGCACAAUAGUUGGUGAUCAUUACUUUAUAUUUUCUUCAGGAACACUUGAAUAUCAAAGUUAAAAUUUAUCCUUAAAGCUUAUUUUUUAACAGCUUUUAAUAUGGAGAGUUUGUAAAUAAUGUAAAGUUUGUAAAGUUGUAUUUGAAAAGUCAGUGUUUAUAGUUCUUGCUUUUAUAACGUUGUAAAAUACUAGAAAAGAGCUUGUUAUUUUUAAUAGCUUUUAAAAAGUUUUUUAAGUUUUAAAAAAAAAUCUAUUUGGUCCAUAUUUCCUAUUGGGAAUGUAUUAUUUGACAUUAAACUAAUUUCUGAAUUUUACAGCAGUUUCAUAGAUGUCACCUUUUCAACUCAGUUCAGUUUGCAAACAGAAAUGUCAUUUCUUAUUUUAAUACACUACUCAGUUAAAACCCUCUGUAUUAUGUAAUAUUGACUGAAGUAGAAACUGAUCAUUUGUUGAUUCAACACAGAAUAGAUUCAGUACUUAUUGGCUAAUUAAUUGUGUAAAUUCCUUCUUCUCUGGUGCCUAUUUUUAACCAAUAUUUCCUUGUUAUAAGCUUGUAACUUCUUAAUGUAAUCAUGUUUCAAAUAGUUAUCUCCAGAAUAUUAUAUUUUCAUGUGAAAUCAAUUUCUUCUAGCUCAAAAAAAAAUUGAGAAAUUUAAUUUCUUUGUAUUUAUGGACUGUGGUCUCCUUCCACACAUCACACAAAUAAUGGGAAACAUUUAAAAAAAUUAAAGAUCACAAAAUGUUAGCCCAGGAUGUUCCUAAAAUUUAAAUCCCAAAGUCAGAACCACAGCUCUUAGAGAAACUGGCAACUGUUCUAUAGAUGGCAAGAUGUCAAUGAUUUAGACCAUGAAUAGAAAAUCCUGGAACAACUACACAGCUUUUUGGGUUGAAAACAGCCUUACACAAUUUGUAAUGGGUGCAUAGGACUGCUUUUCAAUAAAACUUUAUCAAAAUCAAA